GCUGCAGCAGCGCACUCCCUCCACAGACCGGCUGUGUGUGCGGCGUUUCUUUUUUUAACCAGAAUGUGAAAACUAAACCACCCGGAUAAAAGUUAUUUUCAUGGAAAGAAAGGCUCCGAGUGCAGGACCAUGGGGUAUGGGCAUAUCCUCCACCGGCAGGGCAAUAAGGAGGACCAGGUCCACCUCAACGUGGGAGGGGUUCGACAUGAAGUGGAUCCGGACAUGCUGCUCCGCUUCCCUCACACACGCCUGGCCCGUCUGCUGCGCUGCCAAAGCGAGGCGGCGAUCCUGGAGCUGUGUGACGACUACAGUCCGGCCGAGAAGGAGUACUACUUCGACAGGAAUCCCCGGGUUUUCCUCUGUGUGCUCAACUUCUACCACACGGGACGCAUCCACAUGAUGGAGGAGGUGUGCGUCUUCUCCUUCAGCCAGGAGAUUGAGUACUGGGGCAUCCAGGAGCUCUACCUGAGCCCCUGCUGUAACAACUGGUACCACGAAAGGAAGGAGUAUAUCGAGGACAGGGACUGGGACAUCAGGAGCGACGACCAGCAGCAGCCGAGCUUCGACUCCUCCUUUGAGGAGCUCUCUGCUCUCGAUAAGGACCUGGCCAAGUUCAAAGGUGCCUGGUGUGCAGAAUUGAGGAGCUACAUUUGGCUCAGGCUGGAGGAUCCAGGUCACUCGCGAGGUUCAAAGAUCAUCGCCGUGGCCUCCCUCAGCUUGGUGCUGACCUCCAUCGUUGCCAUGUGUGUCCACAGCAUGCCUGAGUUUCAGCAGGUGGACGACAAUGACAGACCCAUCGAAGACCCCGUCCUCACCAUUCUGGAGGAGAUCUGCAUUGCCUGCUUCUCCGCUGAGUUCAUCAUCAGGCUGAUCGUGGCGCCCUCCCGCAGGAAGUUCCUCGGAAACCCCUUGAACAUCAUCGAUGUUGCCUCCAUUUUGCCAUUCUAUGCUACAUUAGCUCUGGAAACAGCCGAUGAGGAGGCUGCAGAGGAGAAUGAGGACUUAGAGAACGUGGGGAAGGUGGUGCAGGUUCUGCGCCUCAUGAGGGUUCUCCGAAUCCUCAAACUGGCUCGCCACUCCAUUGGGCUGCGAGCGUUGGGUGCCACCGUCCGCCACAGCUACCAGGAGGUGGGUCUGCUCCUUCUGUUCCUCUCGGUGGGGAUUUCUAUCUUUUCCGCCCUCAUCUACUUUGCAGAGAAAGAAGAGGAGGACACAGACUUGGGGACCAUCCCUUCAGGUUGGUGGUGGGCCACGAUCACCAUGACAACAGUCGGUUACGGUGACACCUGCCCGGUGACGCUGGCGGGGAAGAUAGUGGCCACCUUGUGUAUCAUCUGUGGCCUGUUAGUGGUGGCUCUGCCCAUCACCAUCAUCUUCAAUAAGUUUUCAAAGUACUAUCAAAGAAACAAAGCCAUAGAGGAACAGUGUAUCACUAAGCCUGAAAGACAAGACCCAGAACUCCCUUAUUAUAACAUCAGAGACCUGUUCACAGAAAGUGUGUAUCCCUUUAUAGGAGCGUUCGCCUUCAGGAACAGUGAGAGCAGCGUAGGGGACGAUACAGAUGCAUCAAGUCUCCAGGACAUAGAGGUGUAUGAUAAUGAUACUUGUGAAAAUGGGGCAGCAAAAUGAGAUUCCUGCCGCUUCGCCGGUGUCGCCCCCUUUAUGACUGCAAGUCACUCCGUGCCUCUCAGGGCAGAGCGCUCCAUCACUGACCCUGCCUCCCUCCACUGUCUUCCUCCUGCGAUUUGACAGAGAAAUAUCGUAGCCAUGAAGUUUUUUUUAUUUCUACAAGGGGAAUAGCUUGUGAAAUAUACAGCGUCACUAAAAUUGGGGAAAUCUAAAGGGAAUUAUCUGAACCUUGCUCAGAGGUUUGAAGCCCAUUUUCUGCUUGAGAAAACUGCAAUGAUGCAUGUAGGAGGCUAUAAUGUUAAUGUUUUUUCAAAGUAAUGCCCUGUAUUGAUUUGUCUGCUCGCUGAAAAGUUCAGACCGAGAAUUCAACGGAUGCAUAAAGUCUAAAAUGACAACAACACUGUUUAAGAAUGGUAUUAUAGAUCUCUAAGUUGGCUGAUGUUACACAGUCUGCAUGAACAACAACAAACAUUUUUGAAAGAGAGUAAUAUAAAUAGUUGUGUAGAAUUAUGCAAUAUUAUUUAUGCUGAUGAAGAGAGGUCACGCAACUCUCUCAGAGCACUGAAAAGCACUGAUAUGCCGGGUUAUUGUUAUUACGUUUUUUGUUUUGGACAGUUGUUUUUGGCAUGCUGGGUGACUCAACUCAUGUGGACAUGAAAUAAAACUCAGUGAAUCAGAAGAAAUAUGCCUCUCGUUUGUGACAUGGCAUACAGUCAGUCGUACUACUCAUUCAGAUAAGGUUUCCAGUUCCAGCUUCUGUGCAUUUAUUUACGGCCAUAUGUGCAAAAUACUGCAAUGGCAAUACUUCCUGGCUAAAACGACACUAAAAUCUAAAUGGAAAUCAUCAACCAUGUUGUUUAAUGCACUGGAACUGUAGAGGAAACUUUCCUUACCUUCUGUUCCUCAAAGUAUUGAUUUCCUGUCCCCUGCUAUAAUCUCUGGUUGGAUGAGCCGCUGUCCUUCUAGAGCAAGAGAUGUAAAAGAUCGCUACAGGGGUCUCAAAGGUGUUGACCAUAUGCACUUGACCAGAAGUAUCUACUCUCAGAGCUAAACACUCACAAAUGUUACUUAAAACCAUUUAUUUUGUGAGUGCAGAUGUUUUUUUUUUAAUCCACUGGCUGAAUUCCACUGGCAGUUCAGUGGAAGAAACCUGUUAAAAUGACAGAAAAUGAGGGCCACUUUGGAGUUGAGGGGGUUGGUUUCUACACUGAUGCACAAUUCUUACUCCAGAGCCGGCUGUGUAAAGAUGGACUGCAGCCUAAACUUAACAGAUAAGCCCAUUACUGUCUGAUUAUUUGUUAAUAGUAGUAAAUGAGUUUCGAUCACUGGGCUUCCUGUGUGACAGAGCGUAUUAGCAUAUUGCUUACUUCAAACUUUCUGCUUUUGGCCUUUGUCAGCUGCUAUUUAGUGUAACGACAAACAGAGUCAAGUAGAGAGUAGUAUAGAGACAAGUAUUGAUUUCAGUAAAAACUGCUCCUGAUAAUACACACAGAAGUACCUGACAGUGGCUUUACAGAUGACUGAAUGCAAUCGUUACAUAGAAAAAACUGGAUCUGUUUGUUAAAAAAACAAACAUCCGAGGGGUCAUUAGAUAAAUAAAGGGAUAAAAAAUUGUCUAUCACUCAA